ACCUUCUCGACGAUGAAGAAGUGAAUGUCAACAGAAGAAAAACACAGAAUCGAGCUGUCAAAAAUAUUUUCGAUUUGCCAGGAUUAAAUUAGACGGAAAAUGUCUUCGUUACUGCGUACGAUCGUCAGAACAGGCAAUUUGCAAUGGAAAGCUGCCUUUUCCACGACAUCGGCCAAAUAUGUCGACGAUAUAUCAAAAGCUACGUCACACAAAGAGGCACCGAUUGUUGAUGCCGAAGUCGUCGUUUCCCCGAAAGAGUACCAGCAAAAGGCAAAGCUUUCCGGUCUGGUCACAAUUCCAGUGGAGAGAGAUAUUUCGGCGAUCAGCGGAGUUCCCCUCGAACAUGUUCGUACACGACGCGUCCGCAUUUAUAUUCCAGCGAAAAAUGCCAUGCAAAGCGGAACGAAUAAUUUGAACAAUUGGGAAAUGGAAUUUGAUACGCGCGAACGAUGGGAGAAUCCGUUGAUGGGAUGGAGUUCGACCGGUGAUCCCCUGUCCAACAUGAAGGUACAAUUUAAUAGUAAAGAAGAGGCAAUCGUCCAUUGCGAAAAGAAUGGCUGGUCGUGGUACAUUGAUGGUGAAGAGAAGCCGCUGAAGAAGCGCAAUAAGAAUUACGGCGUCAAUUUCUCGUGGAACAGACGGACCCGAGUAUCAACCAAGUGAAUCCGUUGAAUGUGUAAAUCAAAGAUGUAAAUUCAAUUGGAAAUUGAAAUAUAAAACCGUGAACUGCUGCUCCGCUUAGUAGGUAAUUCAA